AUGAGUUUACGAGUCAUUGUGGACGAUAGGCUCAAAAAAUCUCUCAGAGACAAGCUCAGCAAGUCCCAAAAUUUAUUCUACCUAUCACUUUUUGAGCGAAGCAAAUCUGCGACCGAUCUGCUGGCCAGAUCUGGGUCUCCUUCUCUGGAUUAUGGUUUUGAGCAUACAGAUCAGUCCCUUGUGCUUACUCAAGUGGAGAUUGAGCUCAUCCUUGCCGAUAAGUUUGAGCUGUUUGAGUACGUGAGGCGACUAGGGCGUAUGAGAGCGCUCAAGCCAUAUUUGAUGGAGUUCAAAAAUGAAACUUUCAUUGAUUUUCUAAGACAAAGACUGCGAGUAUACGCACUACUUACAAGUAACAAGGCCGUCACCUACGUGGACAAUGAAGGCGUUGCUAUACUUUGUGAUGAGAGCAGGGAUCUCAAUUCCGAAACUUACCAAAAGUUGUUUUACAAAACGGUGCCAGAUGGCUGUCAAAUGAUCCUUGGAUUUGAGAAACUAGUGGAAUUUGUUUGUCGCAUGAUCAAAAACACAGGCAGCCACGCGCACGCACCAGAAAUGAUCUUUGGAUACAAUGCUAUCAUAUUUGAUCUCAUUGCAAGCUGUAUUCGAGUACUGCGGCCAUUUGAAGUGCUCAAUUUCCAAAUCCUUGAUUUUGAAGAUUACAUGUGCAACUCCGGAUUUGCCAUGAUCAAUGAGUCGAGACAAGUUGAAGAACGAUGGUUUCGCUAUGUGUUGCAUGUGCAGGAUUGUGCGACGAAGUUCAACUUUUUGUUGCCACUCGACAACUCCAGCUAUGUGAGUGUGGGAAACUUUAUGAGUUUUCUAUUUCUCACCUUCAGAGAGCCAAAAGAGUUGAUUUUCGAUGGACUCGAAACGCCCGAGUGUAUGCAUUUCAUCGAAUCACUCGCACAGCAUCUCAAUGUUAAGAUCACGCUCCAGGUAGGAUCCAUAAAGUUUGCUACUGGGAACAUGCCGCUCCAUUUGGAAACGCUAAUCUGUUCGUCCAUGAAGUUUUUCAAUAAUCGCAAUUGGGCUCCUCAAUUAAGUGUGCUCUGCAAAAUCCUCAACAAUCUACGCUUAUAUGGGACAGACGCUGUCAACGACGACCUUGCAAGGUAUAAUCCUGCUCAACUGCUUUUCAAUAGCUGCGAAGAACUCUCGGAACUAAUUGGCGAGGCCCAAUUGGCACAGCUGUUGAGCUUAUGGGAGGAACAUGAGAGACAGCUGGACGACAGCGACGAUAGCAUUGUGGAAGUGGAGCCCUCGCAGCCUCCGAAAGUGAAUCAAUACACAAAUGGGCAUUUGAAUAAUAAUGGGUACAACGAGAAUCGUGAUAGCGAGGUCGUUUUGGAAGGAAUGGAGAGGAAACGGAGGAGACAACGGUAA